AUGGUAUCAUAGACUUACAUCCUGGUCCCCUUCACCAUCCACCAUGUGCCCUGACCAUCUUGGUCUUUCCUAAGGAGGGAUACCUAAAAGAGUCCCCAUUGACUCCUAAUCUCUCAUCUCAUGAUUGAUGUCUAGAAAGACUCACUUUGAAACAGGUCAUGCUGUUGGUCUAAUUCUGAAGUUCUAAACACUCGAUCUUUACAUUUACAGCUUCUAUGACCUCCCAGAGAGGGUAGCUAAUAGUUUGCUACCUUAAGUCAUCGAUGGGAGCAGGUACCGGCCAUGGAGAAGGACAUGACAGCCUAUGUGUGUGAACCCUUGCAUAUAAAACCUAAGCCACUUCAAGACACAUCCGGCAGUGCCUCAGACUCCAUGAGGAACCUAGAAGGUAGAUAUGUAUUACAGACCUGGGAGAAGUCUGGCUUGGAAGACCAGCUAAGGACUGGGGUGUGAGCUUUUAAGGCCCUGUCUUACUUCCUUCUUAUCCAUGUCCUGCACUUUACAAGGAACAGCUUGAUCUAUUGUUAGAACAGCAUUGGGUCAAUCACUAAGCCUUCCCCAACUUGCCUUUAGCUUGGUUGGAAGCCCAAUUGUCAGAGCUGGAAGAGAAGUGGCCAAGGCCAAGAGGUGAAUGUAGAAGCCACAGGGCCCCAGAAUGGAGCCCAAUGGCACAGUUCAUUCCUGCUGCUUGGACUCUAUGGCAUUGAAAGUCACCAUCAGUGUGGUCCUUACCACCCUCAUCCUCAUCACCAUUGCUGGCAAUGUGGUCGUCUGCCUGGCUGUCAGCUUGAACCGUCGGCUCCGCAGUCUGACCAAUUGCUUCAUUGUGUCCCUGGCAGCCACUGACCUGCUUCUUGGACUCCUGGUGCUGCCCUUCUCUGCCAUUUACCAGCUGUCCUUCAAGUGGAGUUUUGGCCACAUCUUCUGCAACAUCUACACCAGCUUGGAUGUGAUGCUCUGCACAGCCUCCAUCCUCAACCUCUUCAUGAUCAGCUUGGACCGCUACUGCGCUGUCACGGACCCACUGCGAUACCCUGUGCUGGUCACCCCAGUUCGAGUUGCCAUCUCUUUGGUCUUUAUUUGGGUUAUUUCUAUCACCCUAUCCUUCCUCUCUAUUCACCUAGGAUGGAACAGCAGAAAUGGGACCAAAGGGAGCAAUGACACCUUCAAGUGCAAAGUGCAGGUCAAUGAGGUGUAUGGACUGGUGGAUGGGCUGGUCACCUUCUACCUGCCUCUUCUCAUCAUGUGUGUCACUUACUACAGAAUCUUUAAGAUCGCCAGGGAGCAGGCCAAACGGAUUAACCACAUCAGCUCCUGGAAGGCAGCCACCAUCAGAGAGCACAAAGCCACCGUGACACUGGCAGCCGUCAUGGGAGCGUUCAUCAUCUGCUGGUUUCCUUACUUCACUGCAUUCGUUUACCGUGGGCUGAGAGGGGAUGAUGCCAUCAAUGAGGCGGUCGAGGGCAUUGUCCUAUGGUUGGGCUAUGCCAAUUCAGCCCUGAACCCCAUCCUGUACGCUGCUCUCAACAGAGACUUCCGCACGGCGUACCAACAGCUCUUCCACUGCAAGUUCGCAAGCCACAACUCUCACAAAACUUCCCUGAGGUUGAACAACUCUCUGCUGCCCAGGAGCCAGAGCCGAGAAGGGAGCAGACAGACCAUGAUGUCACAGAUGAAGGAAAACCCUAAGUUUCCAGUGUCUGACAACGCUGUCACUUCCAUCUGUGGCCCCAGUGACUCUGGAUGCUGAAGGCAGUCACUACAGGACUCACCCCACCUCCAGCCUUUGGGGAAAACAGCACUGUCUUGCACCACAUGCUCCAAUGGCCUCCCAAGCUGCUGCAAGAGCCUGUGGAGGCUUCGUUUCCUCAGGCAACACCUACAAGGAACCUCAGAGGAGCAAUCGGGGGAGCCACUGUCUGAAUAGACAGAAAGGACACACCACAGGAAGGAAUGGGGGCAUUGCCCUCUGAGGCUGUCUAGAUCCUGCCCAGGACACCAAGAUACUGGCCUUAUUUGUUGGAUCUCUUUUCUGGAGCCCCUGUAGAUCAAGCCCCACCAAAACCACCGAGGACAAACUUCAGCCUGGAGGCUCACAGAACAUACAGAUAAGCUUCCCUGAGAGCAGAUUCCAGACAGGUACUUAGGCUUACUUAGGCUGAAUUCCCUGGGUUCAAAGCUCACGUUGGUGCUGGCCCUAGAAGUCAUGAGCAGAGAGAGCAGGGCAGAGACGUUUACACAUGUGUGCAUGGACACACUUCUGUAGAAAACAUGCACAUCUGCUGAGCAGGGCAAGGAAUGCGAUCAUACAGCACUGGCCCCACUCACUUCCUUGUGGGGGUCUCAAUAUGAGCAGAAAAAAAAAAA